GAAAGCGAAGCGUUUGUUGUUUCGAGGCGGGAGAGAUAGGCUUUACGUUUACGCAACAUACAUCAUCCACCAUGAUUCAAUUAAAGUCGAUGCUCAACUGCAUCGACAACUCAGGCGCCGCCUUGGUCGAGUGCGCUCUGAUCGUCGGCCAGAAGAGGCAUGCAUCGAUAGGUGACCGCAUCGUCGUCGUCGUCCAGGAGCAACGCAAGAACCCCAACGAGGGCGCCGCCGCCCUUGCGGCCUCCAACAAGGUCAAGCGCGGCGACAUCCGCCACGCCAUCGUCGUCCGCACAAAGUACAAGGUUCAGCGCAAGGACGGCUCGGUCGUUCGGUUCGACGACAACGCCUGCGUCCUUAUCAACAAGGCCGGGGACCCCGUCGGCUCGCGCGUCAACGGCAUCGUCGGCAUGGAGUUGCGAAAGGCCAAGUGGAGCAAGAUUCUGAGCAUGGCGCCCAUGCAUAUAUGAUCUUUGAGAGUCUAGAGAAAAAGACGAGGUUCAUCGGCUUUUGCUACGAGGAGGUGGCAACUUGUGUUCUUUGCAAGGCAGAAAAGGCUUGCAGAACGACAAUGGACUUGGAUGGCAAGUCUUGUAACAAAGAAAAUUCACAAAUAUGGCGCUUGGAGUUUUGGAAGUUAUGCUGGGCUACCUCUGGCGCAACUAUAUGUAAAACAGCAUAGACGGGCAUGUGUAUAUUGAAAGUAUCCUGAGGAAAUAGGUGCAAAUGUGUUUUGAGACAUAUCUGCUCCAUCAUGUCGCAAUUCGGAAGGAAAUAAAGCAUUUGAAACCCGAGGUUUUUGGUCAUGUAGUAUUAUUGACUUGAAUGAUAACAGAAACAUGAAGAACUGCCUCAAAAUUACGCCAAAAUUAAAAACAGGGUAGGAAACCAAACGCCGUAAACCCGGGGCAGAUCAUUGAUGAAACUACGCCAUGCUUGGUGAUUUUUUUAGGUCAGAAAACCAAGCCCCUCCAAAACGCCUUUCUCAUGUCAAAACCCCCUAUUCUCCGUAUACAUAACAAGUAUACGUGUUGCAGAAAGCCACAAAAUCAAUCCGUCUGAGGCUUGGAGCACUCGACGCAAACAUAAAUUUGUUUCUAGAAGUAGUUGGCGGUGUGAGCCCAAUAACCUGUAUUAUACUUCCUCUCUUUUGUAGACAAAAAAAGAAGAAGAAAAAGAACAAUGAAAGAAUAAAAAGCUCACCAUUCCGGUCUCGGCAGUUCUCUGCUGAGCUUGGAAGAACACCAUCUCGUCAAAGCCACAGUAUUGGCACGUCUUCUUGGCGCGGGGGAGCUGUUGAACAAAGGACACGAGCACACGUCAGCAAGCAGUCCAUCUAUACUUUGUACUAGCACAAGGUAAUUGUGGCAAGGCGAGUGAAGGGCUAGACAGGUGCUGCCGCUCCCCCAAACGGUCCCGGAACUGCUCGCAUCGUUUCGUCUUGGUCCUUGGCGUCUUCUCCGGUCGGGUUAUCGUAAAGUCGUCGAGUCAUUUCGUUCGUCGAUAUAAAAGUCUAUGGACGGCUGGGCGAAUGGGUCGCGCCUCAGGUCCUACGAGGUGGCGACAGCGCUCGAGGUUGACUUUACGCGGUCGAGCAUCAUGAUGCUUUUCGAAAGCUCGUCGUCCUCGGCACUUCCGGCGUCGCUCUCGGCGUCGUAGUCGUCGUUCAUAAAGUCAUACACAUCGCCGUCGUCGUUCCACGAAAAUUGAACCCGGGUGCGAGGGGACGAUGCCUCGGACGCAUGAGCCGAGAAGAAGCUGGUCUCAGCGUCGUCGUCGGCAUCGCCUUCGAGGGAGCGCAUGUCGUUGCUGCAGACGUAGAACGGUGUGACCUCGCAGACGGCGCACAGGAUGGGCUUUCCGCAGACCAGACACAAGACGAUGGUUGAAUCGGCGGGAACGUGUUGUCGGAGAUGCGAGAGGGAAGGGGCACCAGCAGCAGCACCAGCAGUAGUAGAUGCCGCGGGUGGCGAGAAAUUGUCAGAAACGGGGGCACCAACCGUCGGGUCCUUGCCCAUGCCCUCGAUGAUUCCGGCGUGAAGGCUGGCGGAGCUGUUGAGCUCGUUGCGGAAUACGCAGGUGUUGCUCGCGUUGGUUGUGUAGUGGCAUGUUCGGCAGGUGAACUGGAGUGUGCGCGUCUCCUCGUCUUCCUUGGGGUACAGCAUGUUGGAGCAUUCGGCACAGAAUUGAAACUCGACAGGCUUUUUGGUGUGCGAUUGUUGACCAUCUUGGCCGGAAGUUGACAUUGGCGAAGACAUCGUGACGGCUUGAGAAAAUGCGUCCGUGAUCGAGUUUUUUUGUCGCGUCGUGAAGCGAAGAUGUCGGAAGCAAAAACGAUAUCCUUCAAAGAAAGACGGCGUUAUGUGUUUCGCUAUAGUAGGAUAAAUUUCGCGGUAGUGAUUAUUUAUUUGGCUGAUUGUCGAAAUGCUCUAGCCAAGGAUAUCCUGUCCAGGCUGUUGAAACAAAAGGCGGUGCGUGCUGACCGCUGAGGGGGAUUUUUGGUGGGGUUGGUUGUGUCCAGUGGCGGAGUUUCUUUGAUGGACAAAAGACUUUUGGGUUAUGACUAAGCAAGUUGUUACCAGCUCGACAAGGAUGGACGAUGAAUCCAGCUUCAGGGCCUGAGCUUGCUUGACUAGCAAGACUAGGUAGGUAAGGUAUGAAUACUGUGGUGUGUGUAGAUUGUCUGACUUGUUCUCCUUUAACGAGCUACGCUAGAUGGGCUUCUUGCGACUCUUAUUAUAUGUUGGUCUCGGUACCAAGUCAAAUGCCAAAUCAGGGCUGGACUGAUUGUACACACAUAUGACUUUUUGCAAGUGACUCACCAACGGGGCGC